AAAAAAACAUGCAAAGUAAAGCUUCCAUUAACGGACUUCUGCAGAAAUAAAAUCUGAAGCUUGGUUCCCCAAGUCAGGCACCUGUCUCAACAUGGAAAACAUGGAGGAUUUCAUUAGGCAGGAGCUGGUAGAUGUUCAAGGGAUCCCCCUCUACUGGUUUAUGGCUGAGGAGUGGUCCCAGGUAGAGGCUUUUGAGGCCCGGCCAGAUGACCUUCUGAUUGCCACCUACCCCAAAUCAGGAACAACCUGGGUCAGUGAAAUACUGGAUUUGAUCUAUAACCAUGGAGAUACAGAGAAAUGUAAACGAGAUGCAAUAUACAACCGAGUGCCCUUCAUGGAGUUAAUAAUUCCAGGAGUCUCAAAUGGUGUUAAGGAGUUGGAAAUCAUGCAGUCUCCUCGAUUAGUGAAAACCCACUUACCUGUUCAACUUCUUCCUUCUUCAUUUUGGAAGAAUAAUUGUAAGGUCGUUUAUGUGGCAAGGAAUGCUAAGGAUGUAGCUGUGUCUUACUAUUAUUUCCACCAGAUGGCAAAAUUAAACCCACUCCCUGGCACGUGGGAGGAAUUCCUGGAAAAAUUCAUCAGUGGAAAGGUGCCUUAUGGGUCAUGGUAUGACCAUGUGAAGGAUUGGUGGGAGAAGAGCAAAGAUUAUCCCAUUUUGUUCUUAUUCUAUGAAGACAUGAAAAAGAACCCAAAAUGUGAAAUCCAGAAACUAUUAAAGUUUCUAGAGAAAGAUCUACCAGAGGAAACCAUGAAUAAAAUAGUUCAUCACACAUCUUUUGAUGUGAUGAAGAAGAAUCCUAGUACUAAUUAUAGCACUGUACCAGAAUGGGAUAUGGAUCAUUCUGUGUCUCCCUUCAUGAGAAAGGGUAUUUCUGGAGAUUGGAAAAAUCAUUUCACUGUAGCCCAGUAUGAGCGAUUUGAAGCAGAUUAUCAGAAGAAAAUGAAAGGGUCUACACUGCACUUUCAUUCAGAGAUUUAAGAAAUACCUGCUCUUUCUCCAACUCUAUGAAAUGGCACUUAGAAAGAAAAAUGUCUUCAAAAACUGUAAUGAAAAAAAAUUCUGGAUGUAAUGCUUCCUGAUUUUUUAAUGAUAAUCGUUUAUAAUAAGCUUUUCUAGGAAUUCCAAAUUGUGCAGAAGUUAGUGCUAUCUAUGAUUUUAAUUACCUUCCAUAGUGCUUUUUUUAACUAUUCUCAAAGUUUAAUAUCCAUAAUUUUACCUAUUUUAUUGUUAAAAAUCACAUUCUUGUCACUUGACUUGCCAAAGAAGCUAUUUCAGAGAGUCUUUAGAUGGAUGAAUUAGAACUAUAAUAUCUUCUUAAAAAAACUUUAAUUUAUCUUUGUUAUAAGCUUGGAAUGAUACCAGUAUAACUUGAGUGAUAACAUUAUUAUACAAGAAGUUCACAGAAAUGUAUCAUCCUAGAAUAGUUCUCUUUUUAAUAUUUUGUUAAUCAUACUCUACUUACUGUUAUAUUUCAAUAUUACUGAUCAAAAAUAGCAUCAAAAAUUAAUCAAUAUAUAUAUAGUACUGAAGUAUCCACUUCAUAUUCUCAGAGAGAAAAAAACAAUAGUAAGUUAUCAUAAAAGCAAGCUUAACAAAAUUUAAAUAUGUAUAAUAAUAUGCCUUAAGAGUAACAAAAAAUAAAACAUAGAUAUUGAAUUUAAAGAACUAGAGUUAGGAAUGAAAAGAAAUAUAGAGAAAUAUCUGUAAGAACAUAAGAAAAAGCCAUGUUACUAUUAUAUUGAAAAUUUGCUGUGUCCCAAGCUCUAUACUAUAUAAUUUACUUGGCUUUACUUCCAACUUGCUUCAUUCAAUACUUUAAGAUAAGUAUUCUAACUUUUUCCAGUUUUACUAGUUGGCAAACUAGCAGAGAGAGAAAUUAUGUACCUGACUACUGCAUGUAAAAUUUUCAGCAAAAUCAUAGAGAAAGGUUGAUUUCUGGUCCUUUUACUUUCUAAUAAUUAUUCACCCCUUACCCAUAUUCCUUCAGUUUCUCUCUAAUAUUCUGAAAACCUGUCAUGUCAGAUUAGUUAGACCUCAUGACUCCCAGAACAAUCAGAUGUUUUUAUAUUUACAAAGGUCACUGUUAAUCUUUCCUGAUAGGGAAGGUAACAUGUUAUCACACCUCACUUUUGUGAAAUUUGACCUUCUAAAUAUGAGCUCCAAGUCAUAACAACAUUUACCAUUACAAUAACAAGUUUGAGUGUAAUUCCAUAUUAUACACAUUUGUAUUUCUUUGUAAGUUGCAUAAACACAUCAUGCACAUUGUGAAAUGCACAUAAAUAGAAAAAAUAUAUAGAAUAAAUAACGAUUAAUGAUAUCAAAUAACAUUUUCUGUCCUUAAAACAUUUUUGUAGACAUACAAGGAAUGAGAAAAUGUCAUUGAAACUGCAUUUAGCAGUUUUAAAAGUUACAGUUAAACACUUUUAAUUUGGACUUAAGGAUCUAAAAGCAAGUUUGUUUGACACUUGAUUGUGGUGAUUACAAAGGUAAAAACUUUAUUACUGAAAUUAAAGGUCUAAAUGGAAAAAAAAAAGUAAAUCCCCCUGUUCUUGCUAAAUCAUGUACUAGUUUUAGCCUCCCCACCAUUUAGGAUGAAAGAGUUUGGUUGAAAUCUGGUAAUAAAUGUGUGAUUUAUAUAACAUGAGGUGUUAUACAAUUUGCAAUUUUAUGUUUCCAGUAAAAAAAGGUUAAAAUUUAUUGAAGACUUUUGGAAAUUUUUUAAAUAAACUGAAAAUAACUCCUCCCAAUUUUAGACUGUAUUGAUAAGGUCUUCUAAAUG